AACCCUGAACUCCUGCCGUUGAUAAACCCUUGUAGAUUGCAGCUCGCUCUCUCUCUCUCUCUCUCUCUCUCUCUCCCCCUCUCUCUUCUCAAUCCGAUUCAAUUCCCUGAUAUUUUUUCACCAGGUAAAGGAAUCUUCAACCUCUCUCUCAGUCCAUUUAACUUCCCUUCUUAUCUCUUUGAAUCUCCUUUGAUUGAUUGAGGACUCGAACUUGUUCCCGAUCCUAAUCAAACCUGCGAUCUGGGUUUUUCUUAUAGCUCGAUUCCCCAUCUGGGUUUCCAUUGGAAUUCUUGCAAGUUUCAGUAAAAAUUACGAUCUGGGUUCUUCUCAGGGCUCGAUUUCCCACCUGGGUUUUGUUUAGCUUAGCUUAUUCUUUGAUUAGUUAUAUAUUCUUUGAUUAUUGUAUUGGUUAUUGAGAAGUUUUGAUGGGGAAGAAGAUGAAGAAGAAAGCCCCUAACCCCCGGAAGGCACUCCAUCGACCGCCAGCGGGGCCCUCUCGGUCCGUUGAUCGAAAGGAUGAGGUUGUAGUUGAGCAUGAGGGAGAGAGAGGUAGUUGCAACCACUACAGUAAAUGUGUGGAUGACUUGAAUCAAAUUCUAUCAAGCGUUCGAUCCAACUCGAAUAGUAUGGUAGCUUGUGAGCAUUGCAGAGAAGAGCCAGUUAGCAGGAGGGGAGGUAAAGAGAAGGGAAAACAACAGAAAAAGAAAGGGGGUGCUAGGGUUUCAGCGUUGAAAAAGGAAUCAAACUUUGUUUGGGUCUGCUUAGAUUGCAAUAGAUACUUUUGUGGGGGUGAAGUGAGUGUUUCAGAGCCUUAUGGCCAUGCUCGAAGGCAUUCAAAUCAAGAGCAUCAUAUGUGGGCAGUUCGAUCGGAUGACCCUCUUAUCUCUUGGUGCUAUUCGUGUAAGUUGUCAGUUCCUAUCGAGAUGCCAUCAGAGGAGAUGGAUGGUGCCCCUAAACUGGUAGUGGCUUCAGAGAACGGAGUCGAGUCAGCAGAAAUCGAGAGUAGUAAAGGUUAUGUUGUUAGAGGUCUUUCAAAUCUCGGGAACACUUGCUUCUUUAACUCGGUCAUGCAAAAUCUUUUGGCCACUGAUAUGUUACGGGAUUGUUUGAUGAGCUUGGAUCAGUCUCUCGGUCCUAUCUCCAUGGCAUUGAAGAAGCUCUUUGUGGAAACCAGUUACAUUGCAGAUUCUAAGAAUGUUUUGUCUCCAAAAGCACUUUUUGGGUCUAUUUGUGCAAAGGCGCCGCAAUUUAGGGGGUACCAACAACAAGACAGUCAUGAAUUGCUCCUUUACUUGCUUGAUGGAUUGUAUGCAGAAGAGAUUAGUGCCUCAAAAUUACAUGAUUCUUCAGAUGAACUGGGGAAAACUGAUCCAAGCCAGAGGGUUACUUUUGUGGAUACUAUCUUCGGAGGUCAAAUAUCAAGUACGGUAUGUUGUACUGCAUGCGGGCAUACUUCGGUAGUAGACGAACCGUUCUUGGAUUUGUCACUUCCAGUGCCUUCGAAAAAGCCUCCACCAAAGCGGGGUCCGCCUAAGAAGGCCCCACCUCCUCCCCCUAAACGGAAGCCACCACUGAAGGAUAAGAACAAAGGAAAGAGAUUUCGGGAAAAAGUAGUUUCUAAAGGAUCUAAUGAAACUCAGCAGUCUAAGGAAGAGAGCUCAGAUGUCCUGUUGGAGUGCAGUGAAGCCAUUUUUCCUCAACCGAAACCAGAAGUAGCUGUUGAUGUAAAAAUUGAAGAUGAUUUUACCUGGAUGGAUUUUUGUGAAGCUCCUGUUACUCAAUGUUCUGAUAGGGAGCAGGUUAUUCAGAGUGAGAGUAGUAAAGAUUUGAAUGUUUCAGAUACUUGUAGAGAGAUUUCUUGUAGUAAUGAGGUCCCAUCUUCAUGCGCUCAGGAUUCUAAUGUUAUCUUACUUCCUUAUAAAGAGCCGGGUCCAAUUGCUGAGGAUACAAAUGUCUGUUCUGUUGAAGCACCAGCAGAGGAAGAAUUUGAUGGUUUUGGUGAUUUAUUUAAUGAACCCGAGGUUACUUCUGCUCCCAAGACAGAGAAUGGAACAGGUGAAGAAUUAGAUUUGACCUGGUGGACUGGUCACAGCUGCGAAUCAAAUUAUGAUGAGGUUGACAAUACAAAUGCACCGGUGUCUAUCAAUAGCUGUCUUGCUUUGCUCACUAAGCCCGAGCUGUUGUCUGAUGAACACGCUUGGCAUUGUGACCGGUGUUCUAAGAACGCCUCAAACAACGCAGCAGCAGAUUCUACUGUCAUCAAAGUUUUGGAAAAUGGAAAGGUGGCAUCUUUUUCUGAGAACUUAACUUCUCAAGAUGAAACAUCUAAUGGUCACACCGUAGAAGAUUAUAUUUCCCAGAAUUCACUCAAUCUUAUUGGAGGUUCGGACAAUAAAGAGAUAAAAAAUGAGGAGAGUGCAAGCUUAUUGGGUCCUGAUGUUCUAACGAAGGAUGAAGAGGUUGCUGCAUCAGAUGAUUCCUCUCACUAUUUCUCAUGUCAAACUUCUCAUGAAAACACUCCAACACAAGAGAAAUCAUUGAGUCAAAAAGCUGAUUCUUGUAGUGUUAAUUAUCAGGAUGAUAGUGAGAGUGAGGAAGUUCAUAGUGAAACCGUGAAGGUGAUGAGGGAUGCAACAAAAAGGAUCCUUAUAAAUAGGCUCCCGCCUAUUUUAACUAUUCAUUUGAAGAGAUUCAGUCAAGACGCUCGCGGUCGCUUGACGAAAUUGAGUGGCCAUGUCAGCUUCCAGGAAACACUUGAUUUGAGACCAUAUAUGAACCCCAGGUCCGAGGACAAAGACAAGUGCCAUUACCGACUAAUUGGAGUGGUGGAGCACUCAGGGACCAUGCAUGGAGGUCACUAUAUCGCUUAUGUGCGAGGAGAGAGAGGGCGAAGCAAGAUUCAGAAAAGCCAAGGUCCAGCCUGGUUCUAUGCCAGUGAUGCUCACGUGAGAGAGACUUCAUUGUCCGAAGUUCUUAAUUCUGAUGCAUACAUCCUUUUCUAUGAAAGAGUUCAGACUUGACAAAGAGAGUGUGUCUCCAUUCACUAUACAUUGUAAACAUAGAGAUGGGUUUUGAGAGUAUUUUUCAAGACCCUGGAAAAAAUGAAGACAUGAUUCCUAGCUGUAAGAGAUGCAGCAUAGGCUUUUUUGAUGUUAAAGAUUUGAGUUGAGGAUGUCAUAGUUAUUGGUUGUAUAAGAAUUUGAUGCGAUAUACAUGCACAUGAUGGUUCAUAUUUGAUAUAACCUAAAGAAACUAGGGUUCAGGUUUGGGACCCUGCAUAUCUUUUUGAUCUGAA